AAAAAUAAAGACAAGACAAAAAACCUUACAGAGUAUGUUCCAGGUUUGUAGAUGACAAUAUUCAACCUACAGCAAAGGCUCAAGCUGAAUUCUAUGAAAGUCCUUAUAAUUCCAAGAUAGAUAGAAUUUUUGAGAGACAGAGCUAAGCAUGUUUUAGUUGGGGACUAGGUAGGAAAUAGAUGUCCUGUUCUAAAAGCCCAAGGUAUAGUUCAGCUUUCUUGUGCUUUGUAAAAUAAGUCAAUGCUCCUACAGAUAUAGAGUUAGCAGUUAAAAAUAGUACAAGGAUGCAAGCACAAGCCCCUGUCCUUGUAACAGCAAUGCAGAAAUGCUGCUUUUAUAGGUAAAACUCUUUGUCUUACAACAUAAUGGCCUUUGAUUAUAUUUGUGGCCAGUGAUGUUCUUCAUAGCAAUAGAUUGUGAGCUAAUGGAUAGACUCAAUUUGUGAUGAAUGUACAUUUCAAUAUUGCUUUAAUGCCAUCUUCACUUUUGCUGAAAUGCUUCUCUAAUAGAUGUUGGUGUCUUCAGAGGACAGUCAGUGUUACCAGCUGUUGCUAACAUUUGAAAAGUGUGAGAAUGUCGCUUUAGCGCACAGAUUUCUUUUUCUGACAGCCCCCAAAUCAAUUGAGAAAUCAUGACACUGUCGAGCAGGAUUAGCUGAUGGUGUUUUGUGUUUUGACAUCUGUAGUUCCAUUUUAGAAGGAAGCUGCUACAUGUUUUUUUGAUCUUGGCUGUGUAAAAUCUACCUAAUUUGACGCACUCAGAAGGAUUAGAAGCUGGCAUAAGACAAUUUGUAAGUUUUAGCUACUACAGCUGGUGGGCCAGAGCAAGAUGUUUUGUUGCGUAAUCCAUAUUGAAAUUCUGAGAGUCAUACUGCGAGUCUCUGGUGGCUGAAAAACACAAGUAGGCUUCUUGAAUGAUUCCCACUGAAGCUCAGACAAUUCUGAGCAAGCUGCUUUUGCUCAGUAAGAAUUGUUUUUGGAUUGUAGGGUCUCCUUGCAUCUAAUGCUUAUAGAAGAGCUAAAUGCAGUGCUAAAUCUAACAAAGUCUGUGAUGAGAGACGUAAUUGCUAGUUGGUCUUGAGUGUAUUUGGAAGAAGAGCAUGUGUUUCACACAGACUUUCUGACCUACAGCUCUGCAAUAAGUACAUCUUGGAAAGAUGACCUCAGUGAAACACUUGGCUUUAGUAGUCAGUGUUUUAAAUGGACUGCAGGUUUUCAGCUUUAAAAUUAGGCAAAAGAGAAAACAGUUCAUGGCAGAAAUCUGAAGUAUCCUUUCUCAGAAAUUGCCUUAAAAAUUCUAAUGCCAUGUUAAAUUUUUGAAGUAGCUCACAGUCUAAAUUUGACUUGGCUGGCAAAAUAUGUGGAGUUUUAAGAGCAGUAAUUACAUAAUGUGGAAAAUUGUAAUGGGAAGAUCUUACGUACAUAUGUUUGAAAAUUGUGAAUUUCAGGAACAAAUUUUGAAGUUUUCCAGAUGGAGAUUAAACUAGUGUCGCACUGAUUUCUGUUCUGUCUGAGCCUUGUGGUACUCCUGUACUUAAGCAACAGGGGUUUUAAUUUAUUUUGGUAGUCAUAGUAAGUCCCAAUGUGAUGAAGGUUUGAAAAAAGCUGUGGUUUCUUGAUGAAAGUGGGGAUGAGAGUUAGGUGUUUAAAUGUGUGAGCGUGCCAGCCAAGGAUCAAAAUAAGAAUAAUUUUAGGCAAUCUUGAAUUUCACAUAAAACAUUGGUGAUACCAAUUGUUCAUUCCCUCACACAGUUGUGAUACUGCUGAUGACUCAAAUAGUCCAGCUGCUGAUCAGAAACUGCAGAGAUUCUUAGUGUAGAGGAAGCUGUAAGAUAUUGCAAGAAUGAGUGUCUUGAUUUGCUGCAGUUAGCAAAGGAACAGGUAUAUCCACGUAAAGCCACUGUGGCUGUCCAAAUGAUGCAGAAGCUAGAAAAUACUGAGGUAAUAAAACAAGGAUUGUGUUAAGGAUGUAAGACUCUACUUCUUCAGGUGAGUGUGGAAUAGAGAUAGAAGUAAAGCAUUAUACAAUGGAAGGUAACUGAAUUGCCAUAACAUACUGUAAAUUGUGCAUAUGCAGUCCUAUGAGUACUUAUUACCUAAGUACUGGCAAAAGAGGGAACACUUCAGCAUUCAAAUACAUUGUGAGACAGUCUACACAGAGGUAGGAAGGAGUGCUCAGGGUAUCCUGUUAUAUUCUUUGUGAUGUGUUGAGCAGCCUUUCUGUAGGUCUGCUGGCUGCAUUUGCUUUCAUGCUUUAGAUGAGUUUAUUUAGCUAAGUCCUUACUCUGAUUUAGCUGAAUAAGCUUUAUAUGUUUUUAUGGAAUGAAACUGCCAUUGAGUGAUUGCUGGAGUACUGAUGUUCUUCUGUGCCUUAAAUCUUGAUGUCAGAAAAGAAGUUAGUAGGAUUUGUUUUACAGAAUGGAUGAACAGAGUUUCUCUUGAAAAUUCAAGUAAGUAUUUAGAGGCAAAUGCCUUAGUCACUUUUUCUUAUAAGGGUUGAGAGAAGGACAUUCAGACAUGGAAUGGGAAAGGUAAUGUAAGUAGAACUUCUCUACCAGAAGUGUCCCUGCUGAUUGUGUUUUGCAAUACUGUUAUUGCGUAUUUUUUCAGAAGUAGAAUUGCAUACCCGAAGGGGUGGUUUAAGCCAUCUUUUCUGUGUUGCUUUUUUUAGUUGCCUGUUGCUUAUUAUUUAAAUUGAUGAAAAUUUAUGCAAUAUUACUUGGAAGGAGGUAGAGGAGUCGGGUCAGAAGAUCAUUUACUCUCUCAUUUCCAUCUAGCUGCAUUGGCAUGAUGAGGUAGAGAUUUGAGUGGGUUUUGCAGUUAUUCAGGCUGUACCUGGCUGUCAUGGGGAAUAAACAUUUGAAAUGGACUUAUUGAGCUGGCUUUGUCUCUAAUUCUGAAAUGAGUAGUAGAUACAGUCCAAAUAUUCACAUUCAUGGUACCUGAAUUUCUUUAGGGAUAAAUCUGCUUCUGAGAGUCUUGUGCUUAGACUUGUCUCUCAAUAUAUUGGGAUUUGGACAGUCUGCCAUGAUAUCCAAGAGGCUGUUUCUGUGUAAUGUUACGGAAAGCUUGCUGUUAAAAUACCUUAAUGUAAAUAAAAUUGUCUAACGAUAUAUGUUAUGGUAGUACCUGAUGUUAAUAAUAUAACUCUAAUAAAACACCCUAAAGAAAUGGUUCCCUGAGUUAGACUUGGUGUGGUGGAUAUCAAAAUUUAUUAAUUAAAUAUAUAGACAGCAGAAAAAGGGCUAGGGUUUGUCUACCCACUCUUCAAACUUGGCCUUAUAAGUUUGCUGCUUCUAGUAUUGUGUUUGUGGAAUGUGAUUUUUAGUUUCAGUACAGAAGCGGAGAACUUCUCCAAAUCUUACUUGAGAUUAACUUAUUUUCUGAAUGGAUUGUGGAAGUUAUGGUCUUAUCACUUAUAUCCUGCAGGAACAGCUGUGCCUAGACUUGAGCCACAUCUUUGGAGAAAGAUGUGCUAAAUGGUGAGAUAGUUUUUGAUAGCUCGUGGAACAAGUGGGGUGAAAAUGUACUUGUUUACCUACAGAAGUAGUUAAGGUUCCUUGUACCACUGUUCCGGGUGAUCUUGUGGGAAGUAUGUGCAAAGUGGUGAGGAAUAGGAGGAGAAGAUGGUCCCUUACAUCUCUGGUCUAGUAAAGAGUGUUUCUCUUUAAUAGAGAAAGGAAGAUGGAUGCAGAAGAAUCCGUAUUGCGGCCAUCUGUCUUGGCAGAGGAGAAGAUUGUUAAUGGGGUAUUUCGAUUUCUGAAGUUCCUUUGAGCAUAUGCGUAUGUAGCCAUUGCACUGAAAUGGGCAAUAUAUUGCAGCAAUGGUAGCAUAUGAACUUUGUUUCCAUUUUAUUUUUGUAAUGAAGUUUUUGUUUCAGUGCCGUCCAUUUUGAUUGUCCUCUUGAAAUGCUGGAACAUUAAUGCUGUGGCCUCUGUUUUUAUUAUCCAUUAGCAUUAAGUUUCAUAUGCAUCAACCCAACCCAGUUUGAAGGUGGAGCAAGAUCUUGGGAUUUAUUUAAAUUUUCUGUAUCUGCUGUUCAUCUCCAGUCUUGAUCCCUCAAGCAUAACUAGAGACGGCAACUCCAAACUAACAUGGCAGUCAGACUGUGUGAUGUGGCUUCUCUGCUUAGAAGUGGUUCGUGGGCAGCAGAGCCUUGGACUGGGCAGGUAAUUGCUGCCAUGGAAACACAACUGUCUAAUGGACCAACUUGUAAUAACACAGCCCAUAGUUCAGCCACCAUAAACAAUUGCUCAUCACCAGUUGAUUCUGGGAAUGCAGAAGACAGCAAGACCAAUUUAAUAGUCAACUACCUUCCACAAAACAUGACACAAGAGGAACUGAAGAGUCUUUUUGGCAGCAUUGGGGAGAUAGAAUCCUGCAAGCUUGUCAGGGACAAAAUAACAGGACAGAGCUUGGGUUAUGGUUUUGUGAACUACGUUGACCCCAAGGAUGCUGAAAAAGCUAUCAAUACCCUGAAUGGAUUGAGACUUCAAACUAAGACUAUAAAGGUUUCUUAUGCACGCCCAAGUUCAGCUUCUAUCAGAGAUGCAAAUUUGUAUGUUAGUGGACUUCCAAAAACAAUGACCCAGAAAGAACUGGAACAGCUCUUUUCCCAAUAUGGACGUAUUAUUACUUCUCGUAUUCUGGUUGACCAAGUCACUGGGUUGUCACGGGGCGUGGGGUUUAUCCGGUUUGACAAGCGAAUUGAAGCAGAAGAAGCUAUCAAGGGCUUGAAUGGCCAGAAACCUCCAGGUGCCACAGAGCCCAUCACUGUAAAGUUUGCUAACAAUCCAAGCCAAAAAACCAAUCAGGCCAUUCUUUCCCAGCUGUACCAUUCUCCAAACAGAAGGUAUCCCGCCCCUCUAGCUCAGCAGGCUCAACGUUUUAGGUUGGACAAUCUGCUCAACAUAGCUUAUGGAGUAAAGAGUAGGUUUCCUCCAAUGACCAUUGAUGGAAUGACCAGUUUGGCCGGAAUUAAUAUCCCUGGACAUGCAGGAACUGGGUGGUGCAUUUUUGUGUACAACUUGGCCCCUGAUGCUGAUGAGAGUAUCCUCUGGCAAAUGUUUGGACCCUUUGGAGCAGUGACCAAUGUGAAGGUCAUCCGUGACUUUAACACCAACAAGUGCAAAGGUUUUGGAUUUGUGACUAUGACAAACUACGAUGAGGCAGCUAUGGCAAUAGCCAGCCUGAACGGAUACCGCCUUGGUGACAGAGUACUGCAGGUCUCCUUCAAAACAAACAAAACGCACAAAGCCUAACCAGUUAUUCUCAGUGCAUUAAUACAUGAAAACUAUACAACAAAGGCGAUUUACAGGAAGCUUUAUGCAUUAGUAAAUGCCUUUGUUGUAUGCCAGUGUGGAAAUGGGGAUAAAAUGACUACUUAGCAUCCUAAGAAUAUGUGAGAUUUUUUUAUUGCUACUAUCUGAAUUAGAACUUCUUAACUAUCUUUUGUGUUUGAGUAUUGACAAGAGGUACAGGGUUUUUACCUGUCACAAUGCGUAUUCUAUUGCCUUCUUUGAAGAAGGUGGACCUUGUAAAACGUUUCAGCUAAUGGAAGAAGUUUUUUUUCUUUAUACAUGACUGCCUUUAAUCUAUGAGUAAAUAGCGAGGCUUUGUGUAAUACUUUAUUUUUUUUGUCAUUUCUUGAUUUACUUUGUUUUUAAUUUACAUUGUAAUGCAAUAUUGUUUUGUUGUUCAAGAAAAGUAUCUGAAGUUUACAUUUUAUUUAUAAUGUUAUAAGCAGUAUUUAUUUCAUCAUCUUCAUUUGGGUUGGGGAGUGGGAACACAUUAUAAAAGCUUAUUGUAAGAAUACUGGAGAACUUUUCGUAAAGCAGUACCUUGCCAAAGAGAUAAGAGCCUCUUUGAUGUGGGUUUAAAAAAGCAUCUAUUUUUAUAAAAAAAAAAUAAAAAAUUUGGAGAAACUUUUUACUGGUCCUGGAACAAAUAUUUUGACUUGAAUACUUUGAGAAAUCUCUUCGUAUGACAACUAGUGAGCUUUUAAAACUUACCAGGAAAUUUGCAAUUGUUGGGAAAAAAUUUAGAAAGAUUUAUGAUGUAGAACUACUUUUGAGACCUUUGUGUUAAGAAGUAAAGUCAGUGGGAUGCACUGUUGGUUUCAUUUUUUGUAAUCAUCAGUGGAGUCAUUGAUCAUCCUGGUUAUUAAGUGAUAGGUGGCUCACUUUAAUUUGUGAUUUUGAAGCAAAUGAAAAUUUAAAAAAAGAAUAUAAGAGCAAGCAGAAAACUUAAAACACUGAGAUAUGGGGGAAAAAAAAUCUGUUCUUCCUAAAGAAUUCCCUUCAGAUAGAGCUCAAGGUGUUUAGUGAUGUACUUGCUAUUGUUUGAAGAAUUGUUUUGUCUUAAGAAAAGACAUCAAGCAUGAUUUGUGCAGUAGCAAAUCAGCUGAAGUGGCCUGAGUUGGGUGCAUUAGGAGGUAUUUUGAAAGUUAUGUUCAAGGCUAACACCUGAGCUUUGUGUAAUGUAAAUAAGAACUUAAGUUAUGAACCUUUCAGCUAAUUUUGGUUAUAGUUUUUUUUAAAAGUUACAUGCCAAGUGAUGUUCAAUUUUGAAUGUUUUUGUAUAAUUUUUUUCUUUGUAAAUGGCAUUAACAUUGUUACUUGAGGUCUGCUUCUUUUCUUUUUUUUUUUUUUUUUGUCCUGAGGACUUGAAUUUACAGUGCAUCAGAUCUGUUGCUAUUUUUGUCUGUAGAUAGUCUAGCUUCAGCUGUUUAUGGUGAUGCAACAUUUUUGUUUAUAAAUAUGUUUGUGGUAAAAAAAACAAAUAUAAACAUAUGUUUUGAGCAGAUUUCCUUACAUUUUUCAUAUGAAAACCAUAAAUACCUGUAUGCUAUUGAAGUUUAACUUUGUAUGAUGCUUAAAUCACUAUUUGGGGAAAUAGAAAAAGUCUUUACCAUGUAUUGAAGAAAUUUAAGGAAAACAAAUACAGAAUAUUUUCUGAUUAGCAUCUAGCUUAUAAUUAAAUUUUUAAAAAAAAAGCUGAGGGUUUGAUGCCUUCACCAGGAUGCACUGACAACUAUGUAGUUACGUCCUGCUUUUUGUAUAAACUGAGAUGCUCAUAUGCUUCCCCUUAGAAAAAGCAAUGUUCUAUGCAUAACAUAGUUGUACACUAUCUUUGCAGUUGUUUUCGGUUCUUCUUCUUUUAAAUUGUAGUUAUAAAAUUUUCAGUAUAGUACAGUACAUAUACUGUGAAGCGCGUGCUAAAGUGAUUAAGCAAGUUUUCAUGCUGACCCACUCAAUGCUAUUCAAAAAUCAAUUGGCUUCCUGAGUACUUCUUCAUUCUUAGGUGCAUUUAGAUUGUUAAAGCUAAUCCUCUGCAUUAAAAGUUGUAUAUAGUAUAGAAAUCACAAACUUUCUGAUGUGGGAGAAAUAGUAGCUACAUGCUUCUUUCCUAUACUACUGUAGCAACUAAUGGCAUUGAUGAGAAGGCAUGUAAAUUGGGCUUCACUUUACAGUGUUUAUCAGAGCACUUAGUAAAAUAUAAGGCUGGUAUUUAUUUGAAGUUGUAUAGUAUGACUUAAUUCACAUUUGUUGGAAUAGAGAAUAUAUUCUGUUGGGUAUUUAAGAGGUUGUACAUGUUUUCUUUUGUGUUUGGAUUCUUUGUACUUUUUCAUGUUCAGUACAUCAAUAAACAAAGUUGAAGGGAAA